ACGCCAGUCAAUGCGCCGGCGUCGCCACCGACGCACGCGUCAUGCUGCUUGAUCACCUCGCUCAUACCGCCCAAACAGCUCGCCCGGCGAGAUAACUGAAAGCGACAGUGCUAAACAAAGUGCCCCAAUAAACGUGCUCUGAACCAGUGUAUUGUGUAAAGAACUUAGUGCAAAGGUCAGUGUAGAGUGCAACAACCCCACGAAGGACACGCAGGAAUGACGUUCUCUGGAAACAUGAAGGAGAAUAAGCCUCGAACCGUGAAAGACACAUGGGAGUCAGAGCUCGGCUAUGGAUGGUCGCACAGUGGGCGGCGAUGCGCAAGACAUCGACCGCCAGAGUCUACUAUGUCAGUGAGCAGUGACAUCAGGUUCACGAGACGCAAACUGAGCAGGCCCUGCAGAGGAUGUUGCGCUGCGCUCGCUUCCCUCCUCGUAUUGCUUUUGCUGGCUGCUGUUGCUGUUUACCUCGCACAUUUAUAUUUGUUUGGCGACCCAUUGAAUCGUCAGACGUUCCGAGGUUCGUUUGUGGUAGCAUCGUGGCCACAAAACGAAGCGAUACAGGGAAACAUCACUCGGGAGGCAGUAUUGCAGCAAUCGUUUCUCAAUUUAUAUCAAAAUACCGAACUGAGAUCCUGUUUUGUCGCCGCUGAAAUACUGGCAUUAGACAGUGUUGAAAAAGGAGAACGGGUCCAUUUCGAAGUGUCAUUCGAGCCUAUUUUCACUGCAGUUGCGACCAGUGAGGUGGCUUCCAUCUUGGAGCACGAGCUCAGCUCGCCGCGCUUCUUCAACAAUAUCAAUAUCUUUCCAGAAACCCUGCAUAUAGAGGAAAGCUCCAUGAUAUCAUCUUUAGAAUCUGAUGACAGUGAAACUACUUUAGAAGACGCGGCCACCACGGAAGCGAUCACCCUGGAGGUGGAGGAAUUCAGCAAGUGCUACCCACGCACCUUAUCCCUUUGUUCAUAUCUACCCUACAAUUCUACCACAUAUCCUAAUCUCGUAGGACAUACGUCUAAAGAUGCCAUCUUGAAAGAUCUCGUAGCAUUUAGGGAGUUGCUAGAUGCCGAAUGUUCUCAUCUUGCACAAGAUUUUGUUUGCCAAAUGCUGCAGCCGCGUUGUGAACAGGGGCGGCUAGUGAAGCCGUGUCGUGCGUACUGCCACGCGUUCCACGCUGGCUGCGGGGCGCGGCUUCCUGACCGCCUAAAGCCACUAUUCAACUGCUCGCUUCACUUCCCAGAGUAUUUCGGCCCUGGCUCUUGCAUGCCUGAACCUGAUUGCCAUGGUGGGCUGAAUCGUCUGGCGUUGUCCCGUCGGUCGUGCGACGGCGUGCCCGACUGCGCCAGCGCAGAGGACGAGCGCAGCUGCACGCAUUGUGCUGCCGCUGGUGCUGGUGCCCUGCGCUGUGCACUAGACACGCGAUGCUUGCCGCAACACUUGCGCUGCGACGGCACGCCCGAUUGUCCAGACGGCAGCGACGAGACUGGUUGUUUAUGGAUCUCGCGUUCCCUGGCGUGGUGGCGGCGGGAGCGUGGCGAGACGACACUUGGAGCGGUGCGGAGUCGAGCCGGGUAUGCUGUGUGGUCCGAACGUGGCCGAGACGGAAAGAUAUGCGCCACACCUUUCGACAAUGACAAACGAGCUCUCAAGAGUGUCGCUACGUCGCUCUGUAGAGCUAUGAGCUUCAAAGUUGCGACGAAUGUAGAAGUUACACAAGACUUAGAAGAGCUUGGUGACGAAACCCCGGAAUACGUUGAAGUUGUUGAUCCAUUCGCACCGGAGAUAUCAUUCCUCAAGAGCGAAUGUCCAGAACGGAAAAUCAUCAAAAUUGUCUGCGAUCAAUUAGAAUGCGGUGUUCCGUCCGCACGGGGAGUGAGUGCGCGGUCCGGUGUGGAAGGUCUGCCGCGUGCGGCGCGGCCCGGCGACUGGCCGUGGCACGCGGCGUUACUGCGCGCCGGCGUGCACGCGUGCGACGCAGCACUACUUCAUCCCGGCUGGCUUAUCACCACCGCAUCCUGCUUCCAGGGCCAACCGAAUAUAGAAUGGACUGCAAGAUUCGGCACAGUAAGAAUACAAAGCACUACACCGUGGCAGCAGGAGCAGCGGGUCGUGGAGAUCAUUAAUUCGCCAGUAGAAGGCAGUAUGCUAUCUUUAGUGCGUUUGGAGAAACCGGUUGAGAUGACAGAUUUUGUGCGGCCAGUGUGUCUGCCUGAGAACAGUACAAGCUCCGAUGAUAUGGUUUGCAAUACCCUCAGCUGGACUCGUAACCGGGACCAGCUGCAGCGAGUGCACGUUGUCAUUAACCCCAUGAAAACGUGCGAGAACGUCAGCAUUGCCACUGUCAAUGGUAUUUGUUCUGAAAGACUUUAUGACAAAGAUGACUGCGACGAAGAAGAGUAUGCCGGCAGUUCUAUGAUGUGUUUCGAUCAAAAGACUAAACAUUGGUUAUUAGUAGGAGUCAGCGGUUGGAGAAUAGCCUGCACAAAAAUAGGUCUUGGAAGGCCUAGAAUAUAUGAUGCAAUCAGCUCUCAGAUUGACUGGAUCAAACAAACAAUAUUGAACAACCCAAGAUGACCUUCACUCUCAAGUUAAUGAUUUUAUGUUUUCAAAGACUGUAUUGGUUUUAGAGGUUUUAAUUUCUUAGUUUUUAGAGUUAAGUAUAAGAAAUGUACCUACAAAUGAGAAAAAAUAUCAAUUGCAAUAAUGAUAAUUUUGGCAAAAAUAUUAGUCUACAAUUUUUUUUAUACUACUUAUUUCAAUUGUAAGUAAUCAGAGUUGUACAAAUACUAUAAGAAUAAAUUGAAGGUAUAGUAAGUACAUACAUACAUAACUUAAGUAAAUCUUAGAAAAAAAUCUAUGCAACUGUGUUGCAAGCUGUUGUCAAAUAAAUUUAAAAUUUCUCUCACUUAAAUAAGAUAUUCAUAGUUCAAAAUGUUUAUUGUUAUUGUUACAAUGGUCAUAAUAAAAUUUUAUAUAUUGUUAAAUUUCAACAAUUUAAUAAUCUUUUGUAUGUUUAUAAAAAGUAGCCAUAAGUUAAUUUAUUGCAAAUAUGUGUGAUUACUAUGAAAAAUUUUGUGUAAAUAUUAAUGUGUAAGAAAAUUACCAAACUUAUAAACAUACAUAUUUUUAAACCA